AUGUACCUUGCUAGUCAUACACGGCCUGACAUAUCAUUUUCUGUUAAUUUAUUAGCAAGGUUUAGCUCAUGCCCUACCCGAAGGCAUUGGAAUGGAAUUAAGCACAUAUUUCGUUACCUCCAAGGUACAAAGGAUAAGGGCUUAUUCUUUUCUAACCUAUCGAAAGAAGCAAUGAUUGGUUUUGCAGAUGCAGGGUAUUUAUCUGAUCCUCACAAUGCUCGAUCACAAACUGGAUAUGUGUUUACACAUGGUGGUACUGCCAUCUCCUGGCGCUCAAUGAAGCAAACCAUUGUAGCUACUUCUUCCAACCAUGCAGAAAUUCUAGCAAUUCAUGAGGCUAGUCGUGAAUGUGUGUGGUUAAGAUCUCUAAUCCAGCAUAUACAAGAAGAUUGUGGUCUAUCAUCUGAGAGGUUGACUCCAACAGUUUUGUAUGAGGACAAUGCAGCAUGUAUUGCACAGCUCUCGGAAGGAUACAUCAAGGGCGAUAGGACAAAACAUAUCUCACCAAAAUUCUUCUUCACUCAUGAACUACAGAAAAAGUGGCGAUAUUGA